AUGGGACAGACUGUCACCACCCCCUUGAGCCUCACGCUUGGCCACUGGUCAGACGUGAAAGCACGAGCCAACAACGAGGGACUCGUGGUCAAGAAGAAUAAAUGGAUCACCCUUUGUGAGGCUGACUGGGUCAUGAUGAAUGUAGGAUGGCCUCGCGAGGGAAACUUUAACCUCAGUCUUAUUUCACAGGUGGAGGGAAAAGUCUUCGCUCCGGGCCCCCAUGGCCACCCGGACCAGGUUCCAUACAUCGCCAUAUGGAAACUCCUAGCGACCGACUCCCCCCCAUGGGUUAAGCCGUUUCUCUCCCCUCCAGCGCCCCAGGCCUCCCCCCCCACAGCACCGCCGCCCCCUCUCGCCCCUCCUACCUCCUCUCUUUACCCUAUUCUCCCACGAAAGGAUCCCCCUACGACCCCUGUCCUUCCUGCAGACCCCAAUUCACCCCUUAUUGACCUUUUGACAGAGGACCCACCGCCGUAUCCGGGGAAUCGGGCGCCGGAGAGACCGGCGGCGGUCCCCGUGCCGGUGGUGCCGGCGGUGAGCCCGGCGCCCUCUCCAAUUGCCGGUCGCCUAUGGGGAAAGCGCAAUGAACCAGCCAAAGUAUCCAGGGCCUUCCCCCUCAGGGAGGGACCCAAUCACCAGCUUCAGUACUGGCCAUUUUCGGCCUCUGAUCUUUACAAUUGGAAACAGCAUAAUCCCCCUUUCUCUAAGGACCCUGUUGCCUUGACUAACUUGAUUGAGUCCAUUUUAGUGACCCACCAGCCUACGUGGGAUGACUGUCAGCAGUUGCUGCAAACCCUCCUGACAGUGGAGGAGAAGCAGCGAGUCUUCUUAGAAGCUCGGAAGCAGGUUCCUGGAGACGAUGGAAGACCCACCCAACUGCCUAAUGUUAUUGAUGCAGCCUUUCCCCUCACCCGCCCGAACUGGGACUUCAUGACCCCAGAAGGUAGGGAGCACCUACGUCUCUUUCGCCAGUUGCUCUUAGCGGGUCUCCGGGGGGCUGCUAGGCGCCCCACCAAUUUGGCUCAGGUUAGAAAUAUGGUCCAGGGAAAGGAUGAGACGCCGGCAGCAUUCCUGGAAAGACUUAAAGAGGCCUAUAGGAUGUAUACCCCAUAUGAUCCGGAAGAUCCAGGACAGGCGCCGAGCGUCAGCUUGUCUUUCAUCUAUCCGUCAAGUCCAGAUAUAAGGGCCAAGUUACAGAGACUAGAGGGAUUGAAUUCGUUCAGUUUGUCAGAUUUAUUGAAGGAGAAACCCCGAGGGCCUGGAAAAACUAAGACAAGAGCCACGGACCUCCUCAAUCUGGAAGAUUAG